UCAGUGACCAAUCGUGUCUUGACAUUCACAAUACACGCUUCGAUUAGCUGCGAAACCAAUACACGUCCUAUAUCGCACCGCGCUAUCUAGGGAUGAAAUGCACUUGCCGUUAGCGACCUUUUCACUCCCAUUUCUCCUAUCGGUAAAGCUUAAGGUCUUUCGCUUUUAAUAUAACAUAGGAAGAAGACGCACCGAUGUGACACAUUGGAUCUGUCUGAUGCGUGCACGCGCUCUCGCGUAUUGUCAGAUGCUGUAGUGACCAGAUGAUGGGCUAUUUGAAUGCCUGCUAAGCUUUUUGAACACGAAAUUGUCUGUCAAUCAAUCUGGUUUCCAGCGGUGCACAUCAGUUCUUCUGUCAACAUACUUUCGGUUCUCGCCAGUCUGCCUUGAUCGAGGAAAUUGGGUAAAGAUGGAAACAGAGCAGCAAAAUCAAAGCCAGUCCAAGCCAAAUGAUCAGACAUCAUCUGUGGAACCAAAAGUACAAGCAGGAUCUUACUCGCCCUCCUCUUCUUCUACUACCCCUAAUACCCCACCACCGGCUCCAGCCAGACCAAGACGACCCCAGAGAACCCCUCAAGUGGAAGGAUCUAUUGACGUAUCAGAGCCCAAGCCUCCAGAAUCUCCUAAACUGAACCAAUUGACCAACCAUGCUGACCUGGUUGACCCCAACAAGCCCAACCAUCCUUCAGAAGCAAGACCCCAACCCGACGUUGGAAAUGUUGGCCAGGGACCUCCGAGUUUGGCUGGACAGAAGGUUUCAGCACAUGCAGCUGUUGCUCGAAGUCACAUUGCAAUUAGAACAGCCUCCCUUCCACAGGCCCUAUCUUACAAACAACCACCUUCAGUUCCUGUUCUGCACCCUCAGAGAGCACUAUCAGUCGCUGGCACUGCCGAUACUCAGGCUCAGGUCAUGGAGGAUUUCAGAAUUCAUAUCAUCACAUGGAACGUGGGCUCAGCCAUGCCACCUGAUGACAUUACUUCUUUAUUGGGUUUGAAUAUCGGUGAUGGAAACACAGACAUGUAUAUUAUUGGUUUACAGGAAGUGAACUCAAUGAUCAAUAAACGGCUGAAAGAUGUUCUUUUCACUGAUCAGUGGAGCGAGGUCUGCAUGGAUGCUCUCAGCCUCUUCGGUUAUGUACUGGUCACAUCUCAAAGGAUGCAGGGAAUGCUGCUGCUCGUGUUUGCCAAGUACUAUCACCUGCCUUUCCUGCGAGCUAUUCAAACACAGACCACACGCACCGGACUCGGUGGUAUCUGGGGUAAUAAAGGAGGUGUAAGUGUGCGUAUGACUGUCUUUGGCCAUUCGAUCUGUUUCUUAAACUGUCACCUGCCCGCACACAUGGAGAACACAGAGCAGCGCAUGGAGGAUUUUGAAAGCAUUCUGCAACAGCAACAGUUUGAAGGUCAAGCUGCUAUGGGUGUCCUGGAUCACGAUGUGGUUUUCUGGUUUGGAGAUCUGAACUUCCGAAUUGCGGACCUGGACAUGCAGGUUGUGAAAGGAGCUAUUGAAAACAACAAACUCUCCAUAUUAUUGGAAAAAGACCAGCUUAACAUGGCUAAAGGCAGUGAGCCUGUGCUUGAGGGCUUCCACGAGGGGCCACUUAAAUUUCCUCCUACAUAUAAAUUUGAUGUGGGUACAGACACAUAUGACACAAGUGGGAAAAAGCGUAAACCAGCAUGGACUGAUCGUGUUCUUUGGCGGUUGAGGCCGAUGGCUCCUGUCACCAAUAGCACUUCCAAGCGCAGCUCCUUGUCGGGCCUAACCAGCGGAACCCGUGUGUCCCAACAUUUUUACCGUAGUCACAUGGAGUACACCGUCAGUGACCACAAGCCUGUGUCCUCUAUGUUCACUCUGCAGUUCCCAUAUAAAGUGGACAUCCCUUUGGUAACAAUCAUUGUGGAGGAUGAAUGGACGGAGAUAUCUGAUGCAGUAGCCACAUUCAAGGUGGCUCCCAACUUUUCUCGAAGCUCUUGGGACUGGAUUGGGCUUUACAAGGUUGGGUUUAAACAUCAUAAAGACUACGUAGGUUAUAUCUGGGCCAAACAGGAGGAGUCUGAUUUCCUGAGACAGGAGCACCAAGUGAAUUUUGGAGAGGAGGAGUUGCCAAAGGAUUCUGGGGACUACAUUCUGGGUUAUUAUAGCAACAAUAUGGGCUCCAUUGUGGGCAUUACUGAGCCAUUCCAGAUUCAACUUCCAGCAUCCGCUGCAGUAGAUCUAAGUCCAUCAGACAGCUCUGACUUCACAUCUGAAGACGAGGUAAAGCAGGCUGACUCUGGCGCCUCUAGCCCUGUGGUUAAGGAGCGACAGAGCAGUGAAUGGAGCGCCAAACCUAGCAAAGGGCAACCAACUAAUCCGAAUGAACCACAUUCCAAAGACAACUUGCCACAUUCCAGCUCUUGCAAGCAGAGUGGUGAUACCCUUGAACUGAACAAGACCUCUGAUGACCCUGUGGCCUCUGAUGAAAGUUCUAACUCAGGAAUAGAUGCAGCCAAGCCAGAACCUUAGCUAAGUACGCCAUUUGCUCUGCAGGAUUCAAUUUGCUUGAGGCUGUGGUGGCAGGUUUCUGCUGGAUCUAUAAUGUUGUUGUACAUUUACAGUCCUGUGAUGUUCUUUGGAGAUGUUGUGUUAUAUGCAGGGUAGCAGUAAGCGUUUAGUAUGUGGAUCCCUCCAACAAAAUACAAGAGGGCAAACUAAAUUGUUGUCUAUGUCUGUUUUUCAUUCGAUGUAAAAAUGUCUCUAUUUCUCUCUCUCUCUCUCUCUCUCUCUCUCUCUCUCUCUCUCACACACACUGUCUUUCUCUAUCUAACUGCACAAGACAAAACCUGAAACACAAAGAAAUAAUUCUGAUUAUACUUGCAUAAUAUUAAUGUUUUUAAUCGAUUCAUAUGGAAGUUAUUUCCAGAAUCUAUCAGGGUUUAAUGCACAAUAGAAAACACAUGUGGUUCUUAUUGAUAUUUAUUGAAGCAGAUUCUCUUUAGUACAGCAUGGGUUUCCUCUGUUCCAAACACUUGUGAGCUGCGUACAUAGACAGCAUUUUUAGGCAUCAUAAGCAUAAUUCCAAAGUAAAAGCUAAACAGAAGGCAGACAAGUUAUGCCUUCAUUCGCCAAAUUCUAAUGGCACUAUCACAUUUCAAUGGGAAUUUCCCCUUGCAGAUUUCACGUUGAGUUCAAGCUUGGUGAGUUCAGGCGAAUUGGCCGUGUUGACCAAUAGGAAUUUGCUUGUUUGGCAGUGACCUCUGUGUGAGCGGAGCUUUGUACAGAGCAACACUGAAUAUUCACAAUGGACAAGGAUAUAAUUUAAGUCUUACAGUGUGUAAAGUGCUGCAUUAAAAAGAGGCAGUUCCCAUAUAAAUGAUACUUUGGCUGGUUUAACACGUGCUCAACAUCCUCCAACGCCCUCUUUGGAUUGGUAGUGGCGUAGUGUACUAAAGCACAUAACUGUUAAUCAGAAGGUCGCUGGUUCGAUCCCCACAGCCACCACCAUUGUGUCCUUGAGCAAGGCACUUAACUCCAGGUUGCUCCGGGGGGAUUGUCCCUGUAAUAAGUGCUCUGUAAGUCGCUUUGGAUAAAAGCAUCUGCCAAAUGCAUAAAUGUAAAUGUAAAUCUUUGCCCACGUUAUUUCGCCAUGUGAAGGUAUGAGUGACCACAGCUUAAGGCAGUAGUGCAUAUAUCCUUCAUGGAUAUUAUUAGUGAACCCCAGCAAGCAAUGUAUAAAAUAAUACAUCUAAGAUGGCAGAUGAAGCAGGAGAAAUGCCGAUUAUACUUCUAUUUUAUUCAACACUGUGAAACAUUGAUAAAAAAAAUCACUCGGUUUCAUGCAAUAUUUGUGUGUGCUAUAUAUUUAUUUUGUUAACUUAGCAACAUGCUAACAUCAGACUCUGACAUCAGACAACAUGCUAAUCUGAUCAGACUCAUAUGGAAUCAUCUGUGAGCUUUAAGUCUGGAUUACACUACACAAGUUAAACAGAUUUUAGACUCGAUAUUCAGUCGAGCCAAGUUGGUGCCAAUCAGGGCUAGUCAGCUUCAGUAUGCAGGUUUUGAGCCAAUCAGAGCUGACAGAUUUAAAAGACAAUCACAUAGUGUAUGAUGGGACUCUUAGCCUCCAUAGCCUUGAUAUUUAAGCCUCCUACUACCAUUGCAUUUAGUCUGAUGAUAUUAAGGCUGAUGAGCAUUUAGGCUGUUUGAUAUUUUUGAGACGACAGUCCAGGACUACAGAUAAUCUUGCAUGGUAACUCACUAGGGUUUGGAACAGAGCUCGAGACUUCAUGACAUUUGGCCACAUAAGAACAUUGGUAAUUCCCUGCUAAAGGUGAAAUUCUUUGGUCAUUACCUUGUUGUAACAGGGAGGGUACAUUUGAUUACAUCAUACAACAUGCUCUGCAAAUGCAGAUCCACACUCCUCAGGUCCUUGAAAGGCAAAGACACAUAAAGGGAUGACACAGGCCAACAUUCGUUGACUCUUAGCUAACACAACACUUCAGCUACACUACCGUUUGGAUAUUAUUCAUGUUUAUCUUAAACAGUUGCAUCUUGUAAUCUUCUAGGACCAUUAUGAAGUCUAUUAUUCUCGAAGUUGUGACUACCAUGCAUUCGUGUUCCUAUGGUUAAUGUCCUUGAAAAGAAUUUGAAAGUAACGUCCUGCUCCUUGACCUGCCAAAUUUAAAGUCAACAUGAAAUGACAUUUGCAACUCACUUCACAUCCGUAAUGUGAUAUAAUUCCAAAUGAAUCGGAAGGAGGAUUUGGUGAUGUUUGGAAAGUCGCUUCAGUGGCGGAAAGUAAUUUCACGUAACAAACAGUGCACUAAUGGAGUAUGUUCACACUGACAGUGAUGAAAUCGUUGGAGGAUACUGUUGGUUGCAAUUAGGUGUUCGUGCAGGCAGUGAAUCCCGUGAGCUGCUACAUUGUUUCGCUGUGUAUUUGCAUAAAGUUGAACUCUGCUCAACUGUUGCAUCUGAUCUCAAAUGGGCAACCCUCGCAAAUGAAUGACAUCCGAUCACUUUGUCAAUGCAUUGUUUGUCAAUGCAUUGAAAACCCCUUAAAGUAAUAGGUCACCCCAAAAAAGUUAUUUAUUCCCACUCAUUUCGUACCAAACCGUAGGACUUUCUUUCCUCUAGGGAACACAAAUAGGAACGCUAGACAGAAUGUACAAGCCACAAGUUCAAUCUCUGAAAAGGGACAAAAAAGUACCAUGGUUAAGUGGUCCAUACAACUCAAGCAGCAGUCCAAGCCAUUCCAAGUCUUUUCAUUUUUGGGUGAACUGUCCCUUUAAGACCAGGAAAGACAUCGGGUCAGUUUUGAUUUCAUGUUGACUUUAAAGAAGGGCUUUUAUAUCUGAGCUUUAAUCUGGUUUGUGUCAAGUAUUGUAUCAUUACUGUACUUGUGGUAGGAAUCCUAGGAUAUUCUUUGUUGUCUAGGGCUUACUAGGGUUUAUCCUCCAUGGUAAAAAUCUAUUGUCUCCUCUCCAUCUCUUCCCCCAUGUCUCAGAAUCUCCAUAUUUUCUAUGUCCUCUCCUCUCUCAUUUCUCCCCUUCUCACCUUGUCUUUUUGUCUCCAAAUCACACCCCUCAGGGGUCACAGUGUCUGGUUGUCACAUUGUGUACCGGGCUCUGUUAAGGGCUCAGAUGUCGUCAGAAGUAAUAUAUUGGAUUGGUAGUUUGUGCCCCAUUUAGGAUAUGUUGUACAAUUACUAUUUAGCCCUAGGACACGUGGUGUGCUGUCACUGUUUACAUGGUUAGGCGAGUGAGAGUAUAAGCCUGUCAGUGUUUAUUACAGUGUCUAUGUUUCUGCAUGGAUGUGUCAUGGAUAUUCCCAGUGCUGUGCUAACAGCCAUCUUUUAAUAUUGUAGUGAUGUUGAAAAGUAUCAUUACUAGUAAAUGGAAUUGGAAAUGUAGGUAUUGAAAGUUUCGAGACACAAAAGUAGUUUUACACACGUUUUAGAAAAAACUGGAAUCUUUGGAAAUCAAAAUAAGCCGGCAUUCUAGAAUAAGAUAUUUUUCCACUUGGGAAAUACUUCAGUUAACAGUCUGGAUAACUGCAUAGGUUCUUAACAAUAUAUAUGUAUGUUUUAACUUACAUAUAUCUAAGUAUCUCUAUUGUUAUUAGAGAAGGAAAUUCCAAUAGUUUAUGCUAGUUUGCAACUAUAAUAAGGGGCAAAAAAGUGACCCUUCACUUGAGUUUUCAGCAGCUAUUAUAUUUUAAUACACAAACCUUCUAUAUUUGAAAUCAAAUCUGAUUUUAGCACUAUUGGAAAUUCAUGUUUCCUUUGAAGGCCAAAUAAAUGUUUUGCAAGUGCCGAUGUUUAAUCAUUUUACUGUGGCCAGAUGAAGAUUUUUUUGUGAUGAUAUUUUGUUGAUUUUGAAAUGCUUUUGUGCUCACAAGACAACAUAUAAGCAUGUAUACGUUGCAUUAUAGGUUAUAAAAUGAAAUAAACUCAAAGAUUGGUAUUAUAUAAGAUGUGGGUAUAGUUAACUAGAACCGUUGACAAUCAGUGCCAAAACAGAAGAUAUUGUAUUUAUUUUAGAUUAUAUUUAUUUUCAUAUUCAUGACAUUAAAUCAAUUUAAAGUCAGAUUCUGCUGGUCAGUGUGUUUAAAUCAUUAUUAAGAAUUAUUAUGGAAAAUAUGAUUUUAUAAUGUUAUAUAAAAUAAUUUGGAAGAUUUCCCUUUUCAAUUCUGCACUCUUUAACAUUUCAUUCUAUUCUUUAUGAAAACAAAUGUUGUCGCUUUAAUCAUUUUAGAGUUUACUGUAUAUUCACAUUCAUAAUGAUGAAAUACAUUUUGGAGAUUGUAUCGAGCAGAAUGUAUUGACUUGGUAGGCUUGUGAACCAUUGUUCUAGGUUGUUGUUGUUGUAUAAUGGUGUCUUGCCUUAGACCACUGUCAAACAUUGGUGUCCAAAUUAAAAUAAAUCCUUUUCAAAGUGGAA